AGCGUCCGACUCAUAUUUUCAAGGGCAAAUAAGUAAACUCGAGAUGGACUUUUGAAAAGAAGAAACGAGCACACUGGUCGCUCGAAUGUGGACGCGUGGAUACCAUGCGUGGCGGGAUCGCAAAGAGAAUUCGAAGCACUCCCUCCUAGAACUGUCCACGAAUCCGAUCAACCUCUCGGUUUCUGCUUCCCUCUCUUCACUUCACCUUCCUCGGUCGGCCGCUGCAGAGUUCUUCGUCGAUCACCAGAAGGAGGAGGGAACAAAUGGCUGGUCCGCACCAGGUGGCGCGUGCGGCUCACAAGGGCCCGAGCGUCGUGAAGGAGAUCGUCUACGGGAUAACCCUAGGCAUUUCCGCGGGGUUGCUGUGGAAAAUGCACCACUGGAAUCACCAGAGAAGGACCAAGGAGUUCUAUGAUCUGCUUGAGCGAGGUGAGAUCAGUGUUGUUGUUGAAGAUGAGUAGGGUUUUUCAGUACUCUCUGGACUCUGGUAUCGGUUGGUGGAUACUUUGGUGUACUUCACUGAGGGUAGUGUCUCAUGCGUCAAAGAUUUUCUCCAAGUGAUCUUGUGAUCAGAACAUAGUGUAAGAUAAUUCGAGUGGAUGGGUACUUUGGUCACAUGAUUGCUUGAAGAUACAUAGUCUUUCGAGUUUGUGAUGGCGGUUGAUCAAUCGAAGUGACACAAUC